CCCAAAAGCGGAUAGCACGCGCACGCAGAGGCGAAGCCGAACACCCCUUCCCCGCCCCGCCGCCGCCGCCCGCCCCGCGCUUCUACGCCAUGGGCGACACCAGCGCGGCGGACGCGCCGGCGGCGAGCAGGUUCGGCAGGAUCUGCGUCUUCUGCGGCAGCAACCCCGGCAACCGCGCGGUCUUCGGGGACGCCGCGCUCGGCCUCGGGAAAGAGCUGGUGGCGAGGGGGAUCGAUUUGGUCUACGGCGGCGGCAGCGUCGGGCUCAUGGGCCUGAUCGCGCAGACGGUUCUUGAUGGAGGCUGCAGUGUCCUCGGGGUGAUUCCAAGAGCACUCAUGCCGCUUGAGAUAUCCGGUGCUAGCGUUGGAGAAGUAAAGAUUGUCUCCGACAUGCACGAAAGGAAAGCUGAGAUGGCACGGCAAGCUGAUGCCUUCAUUGCUCUUCCUGGAGGGUAUGGAACAAUGGAAGAGUUGUUAGAGAUGAUAACAUGGUCACAACUUGGAAUUCAUGACAAACCAGUUGGAUUGCUAAAUGUUGACGGUUACUAUGACCCAUUGCUCAUGCUAUUUGAUAAAGGGGCGACGGAAGGUUUUAUUAAGCAAGAUUGCAGAGAUAUAAUUGUCUCAGCGCCGACCGCCCAUGAAUUGCUGAAGAAAAUGGAGCAAUAUACUCGAUCACACCAGGAGGUCGCCCCGCGGACAAGCUGGGAGAUGUCAGAGCUGGGCUAUGGAAAAGCACCGGAGUCGUAGCAUACACUUGCCCAAGAUGACAUCGUUCUUGAAGGAUGUUCUUCGUCUAGCGUUUAGUGUUACUGGGCAUUGGCUCUCAAGUAUCAUCUUUUGACAUAUCUUUUUAGUAGCCAUUCAUGCUACUUGUGCGCUCAAAAUUCUUAUUUCAUCUGGGAAAAAGAGUAUAAGAAUUAUAUGUUCUUCAACAGUAACAGUGUUGGCGAAUGGAUAGGUGGCUACAAUAGUACUUUGUUCGCGGUGGUUACAAUAAUACACGUUGUACAAUGAGAAAUAUAAUGUUACUGUUGUUAUGUGUGGUUACCAUUA